UCGUAUAAAACCUAAAAAUGGGUACCCGAGAAACACUCCCAUGUUCCAUCACCGCUUUACUAUCCUCUUUGUUCUCCAAUAAAAUUUCCCUCGAAAUCUAUCAUUUUUACAAAAAACCAGUUCACCACCAUGUCAAUAAGCCUAAAAUCUCCAGUUUUUGCAGGCAAUCCGAUAAAAUCCAAAACCCCGAAAUCAACGGAUCCAUUUUCACACACAUCAGCCUUUGAAACCCUCAAGACUCUUCUUGUAGGGCAAACCCAAAUCCAAGAACCAUCUUCCCUAACUUUCAAGAUCUUGCCUUUUAGAAAAGGGAGACCUUUAGCUGGAUCAACUGGUGAUUUGGUCAAGAAAUGGCAUCUGGGUUGGUUUAAUUUGGUUGAUUUUAGAGAUGUUUUGGAGGGUUCAGAGGUUAAACUGAGUGAAGAUUUGUUGGUUUAUUUGGGUCAUGAAAGUGAAGGAGAAGACGCGAAUGUUGUGUAUUGGGGAAUCGAUGUGAGUGAAGGGGAGAGUUUGGUGGAGAAAUUUGGUAGUCAGCAGCUUUGUUUUGUGCAGUUGACGACUUUAAUGGUGGCGACUGAUUGGGCUGAUGAUAAUGCAAUGGGCCAACUUGCUAUUGCUGGUCAUGCGAGAGCAUUACUAGAAUGGCAUAAUACAUCACGUUUUUGCGGAUCUUGUGGUGGAAAAUUAAUUCCCAUUGAAGCUGGGAGAAGGAAGCAAUGUGUAAAUGAAUCUUGCAAAAAGAAGAUCUACCCACGAAUCGAUCCGGUUGUCAUUAUGUUGGUGAUAGAUAAAGAAAACGAUCGUGCACUUUUUAGUAAACAAACGAGAUUUGUGCCUAGAAUGUGGACUUGUCUUGCUGGUUUUCUUGAGCCUGGAGAAAGCUUAGAAGAGGCAGUAAAGAGAGAAACAUGGGAGGAGACAGGCGUUGAAGUUGAUGAUGUUGUUUAUCAUAGUUCUCAACCAUGGCCAGUUGGAAGUAGUAGCAUGCCAUGCCAACUAAUGAUAGGGUUCUUCGCAUACGCAUCAUCACUUGAAAUAAAUGUGGACAAAAAAGAGUUAGAUGAUGCGGAAUGGAAAAGUAGAGAAGAGGUGAAGAGAGCGUUGACUUUUGCUGAAUAUGGAAAGGCACAAAAAACAACUGCAAUUAAGGUUGACAAGAUAUGCAAAGGGGUUGAAAAAGGUCAAAAUCUUGCUGCGGAUUUUAGUGUUGAAAGUGGGGAACUUGCAUCGAUGGUUGUUCCUGGACCUUUUGCAAUCGCUCAUCAUCUCAUAUCAUCAUGGGCUAAUCAGGUUUGAUUGCUUUGAUUAACAAGUUGGUUUUGAUGGUAUUGGUGUUUAAACUUAUGAACUUUAGGUUAAAAGUUUAUGUUGUGAGUUAUAUUUGGUAUGUAAUAUUUGGAUUCUAGUUUAACAUGUAUAUUACUUGUUCUUAUUGGUCAUAUUUUGAGAAAAGUUUCCAAUAAAACAUGGUACUCCCAAUUGUUGCAA